AUGUCCUAUUUGAAGCAACGUGUAGACGCAAAUGUUGACCCCGGCUCAGCUGUAUGGAUUUCAGCCAUUGCUUUGGCAAUGCAAGGCAUUUCCAUGCCCCUAGGAGGCGCGAUUUUACCAAAGAUUGGCUACAGAGCUGUGGUCAUCAUAGGAUCCAUGAUAAACAGUGGCAGUGUUCUGCUCACCUAUUUUACAAUUCAAAAAGGCUUUGUCUACGUUGUUAUAACCUACGCUGUUAUGCUUGGUUUUGGAUUUGGUCUAUCCUAUGCCAUCAUCUUUUCCGUUGCUGGAUCGUGGUUUCCUAAACGCAGAUCUUUUAUUGUUGGUUUAAUCGUUGGCGGAUUUGGUCUUGGUGCACUUGUAUUUACGCCUAUCCAAACCGCGUACAUAAAUCCUAACAAUACAAUGGUCGGCAAUGUUUCUAAACUUUUUGAGGAAGAAGCUCUCCUAGACAGAGUUCCGAUCGCUUUCUUGCUGCUCGGUGGUUCACUUGCGGCUCUCCAAUUAAUCGGUAUCUUACUUCUCAACCAAAAACCGCAACCUAAAAAUAAGCCAAGUGCACAAGAAGAUGGUCGAAACACUAAAACUGAACUGAAGUCUCUAAUUCAGUCCGGUGAUACAGAGAAGAAUGUCGAACUAAACGAUGCUGACACACAGGAGACUGAUGACAACGCAAAGAAACUUGCGUAUCGCAGGAGUCGUUUCUCACUGGCUCAGGCGCACACCCACAUUAAAGACUUUGGCCCGGAGAAAGACGGGCAAAAAUCCCUCACCUGUCCACUAGAAAUUAACUAUCCACCACUUCAAACACUGCGUCGACACGAAUUCUACCUUCUCUGGAUUGUGAUGCUGAGCAACAUUAUUCCCAUCACCCUUAUUACAGCCUCCUUCAAGCUCGUAGGCCAAAUGCACAUCUCGGACGACCGGUUUCUCUCCGGUGUAGCAACAGCUAGUUCCCUUUUUAACUCUGGCGGCCGAAUCGCAUGGGGAGCUGUGUGUGACAGAUUCUCCUUCAAGGGGCCGCUGUGCCUAAUGCUCGCUACGUGGGCUACCAUCCUCUUCACCUUCCCCUACGUCGUGGCCAUCAAGACGGGCUCAAUGGCCAUCUACGCUGUUUGGGUGUGUCUCCUCUUCCUCUGUCUCUCUGGUGUCUUUGUCCUUAUGCCCGCUGCCACUAGUCGCAUUUUCGGACCCACCUAUAUGGCCGUGAACUAUGGGAUGAUCUUCAGUGCUUUUUCCAUCGGUAGCAUCAUUUGUGCUGUCAUAAGUGAGAAGCUGAAGGGCCACUGGACUCUCCUCUACGGCAUUUGCGGCAGCAUUUGUCUCUUCGCUCUAUUCAUAACAUUUUGGAUUGUGGAUCCCUUCAUUGCCAAGCGCGCAAACGUCUGUUCUCCUUGUGUAAGUCUACUUCAAAAGCUUCAGCCGCGUGUUCCCAUCGCAGAGCCAGAAUCCGGACCGACGACAUCCACUGCGUGA